GUCUCGGCUUUCAGUAGCGCUUCUCCAGUCGCUCGGUUCAGUUCGCGACCCUCAAAUUCAAUACUAUACCAUAAUAUACCAUACUAUACUAUACCUGGAACGGAACUGCGCACAAAGAUAUAGUACACAACGGAUCGGGUUUCGUGCGCCUUAGAAAAUCCGAAAUCCGCGAGAGAGCUCCGCUUUAUUUUGCUUUGAGCUCAGAUAGUCCAAUUGACCUGAUUUCAGGUUGGGGGUUUUUAAUUUGAUUUUGCGCAUUCUGGCGACGCGGAAACAUUAUGCAAGACACCGCGCGUGAGUGACCGAGUGCAAGUGUUCAGAGCCAGUCCUCAAAAAUAAUAAUAAGCAAGAAAAUAUAUCACAUAUAUAAUAUAUCCAUCGAAAUGCCAGCGAAACGCAGCAGAACAUUCCUGCUGGCUCUUCUCUUCCUAAUAAUCAGCAUAUCCUGUGCCAGCGGUGCCCGCGAUCACAGGCGACAGACCAACCUGGAGGCCAAAGUGGGCUCCCACGUGGUCUUCAACUGCUACAUCGACUUUCCCUUCGACGCCCCCAUCCCGUACUUGGUGCACUGGAGCAAGGAUAGCAAGAAAAUCUUCACCUGGUAUGAGCAAGAGACCUCCACCAAUGAGCUCUUCAAUGGACGACUGCACCUGGUGGAGAACCAUCCGGAGUUUGGAAGGGCCUCCGUCAACCUGACUGCCAUCCGGGAAUCGGACCAGGGCUGGUACCACUGCCAAGUAAGCUUCCCCAAUCGCUCGCCCUCGGUUCGGAACAACGGGACCGCCUACCAUCUGGCCGUUCAGGGUGGCUCCCUCAUCCGCAUUCCGCCCGUGAAUCAGACCAUCCAGGAGGGACAGACCGCGUUCUUCCACUGCGUCAUGAAGUAUCCGGAUAACUCGCAGGCCUCCUGGUACAAGGACGGAGUGCUGCUGCAGGAGGUCCAGGAUCUGGUGAGGAGAUCCUACAUGGGUCCCGACGGCAGUCUGAGCAUCGAUCCCACCAUGAUGAGCGAUCUGGGCGAGUACGAGUGCAAGGUGCGCAACAGCGAGGGCGAACUGCAGACGGCCAAGGCCUUUCUCAACAUACAAUAUAAGGCCAAGGUGAUUUACGCCCCGCCGGAGGUUUACCUGCCGUACGGCCAGCCCGCCGUGCUCGACUGCCACUUCCGGGCAAAUCCGCCGCUGAAGAACCUGCGCUGGGAGAAGGACGGCCUGCUCUUCGACUCGUACAAUGUGCCCGGGGUAUUCUACAAGAUGAACGGCAGCCUGUUCUUCGCCAAGGUGGACGAGAACCACGCCGGCAGCUACACAUGCACGCCCUACAACGACCUCGGCACGGACGGACCAUCGCCGGUCAUCAGCGUGAUUGUGCUCCGUCCGCCCAUCUUCAGCGUCACGCCCAAGGCCAUCUACAUCCAGAAGCUGGGCGAGGCGGCCGAGCUGCCCUGCGAAGCCAUCGACCGGGACGGAAACAAUCGGCCUUCCAUUGUCUGGAGCAGGAAGGACGGGACGCCACUGCCGGCGGACAGGUUCAGUCUCAGCGGCGGCAACCUGACCCUCACGGGCCUCGUGGAAGGGGACCGCGGAAUAUACGAGUGCUCGGCCACCAACGAGGCGGCCACCAUUACGGCGGAGGCCGAGCUGAUGAUUGAGAACAUCGCACCGCGGGCGCCGUACAAUCUCACGGCCAACAGCACGGAGACCUGCAUCACCAUACGCUGGCAGCCAGGCUACCUUCGCCCCCACUUGGAGUACACCGUCUGGUUUCGACUCAUGGAGGCCCCCGAGUGGCGGACCCUCAAGGUGCAGGACAAGAAGAUGAUGGAGGCCACGGUGCAGCACCUGCAGCCGGGCAAGGAGUACGAAUUCAUGGUGCUCAGCCAGGACAAGUACGGCGAUGGGAUGUUCAGCAAGCAGUUCCGCUUCAAAACGCAGCCCUCGCCCAUUCCAACGGCGGAUGUGGAUGCCCAGCAGUUGCAGCAUGACCUGGGUCUGGUCACUGCCCCCGCGGGGGGACUGGGGGCGCCCUGGAACCUCACUGCCAUUAGCAACCAGCAGGGCUGGCUCCUCCACUGGGAGCAUCCUGUGCAGGGAUUGGAGGGUCUGCGCCUGUACGCCGUUCGCUGGUGGAAGGAGCCGGAGCACUUCCUCAUCGGCCAUGCGGAGACCUUCGACAACUACUACCAGCUGAGGCAUCUGAAAGAGGACACCUUAUUUAAGGUGCAAGUCCUGGCAGUGGGCACGAAUACCCAGCAAUCGGUGCCCAGUCACGAACUCCUCAUCGAUGUGCCCUCCCAGCGAAAAGUUCGUGCUUUGAUCAUCGGAAGUUCCGUGGGUGUCAUCUUCCUGCUCUGCGCCCUGUGCGCUUUUUUAUACGUGAAGCGGAGCUGCCUGCGGCAUCUGUUCGCCAAGGAUAGCUCCGCUGGCGAGGACGAGGACACCGCGGAGAGCGGUGACUGCGACAGCGACGAGCAGGAUCAACGGGAUCGGGACAGCAUCAAGAUACGUCAGUCCACCUGAGGAUUGCUCCAGAUCCGCUGGCGAUUUGACAGCAACCCAGUUGGCCAGUGAAAAUGGAGGAGAGGGAGGGAACUUCGAAAGUGAAGAUAGAGAGGAAGAAAGAAAGCACCAGUCCGUGGGAAACUGACUUUUAAUAUACGUCUAGCUGCUAUCUGUACCAUAAACUCUACUAAUUGUAACGCUAAACUAACCGAAUUCGAGAAAUCAAUAAAAUCAAAAAGAAAUAAUUA